AUGUCACAACAAAGUUUGAACAUUCACACGUUGGUCACCUGCGUCACUCCUGGGAGAUACGGUGACCGCAGUCAGCAUGUCGACGCUUUGCCCGCUCAAAGAAUGCCCAUCGAAGAUGAACCUUUCGAGCUCUCUCCAGAGAUCGCAGCGUAUGACUUUUCGACCACCAAGCAAGAUAUGCCUGGAACCUUCCCCAAACAGGAGACUUCUUUCCACCCGGACUUCGGCAGUACCCCUCCUCAUUUCACACGACCGGUGAUCCUGGUUCUCGACGAGGGUGUUCGAUUCAUUUUCGAUAUGAAUGCCUUGGCGCAUCACUCCAAUUGCUUCCAUCAUCUUCUCAAUAUCCCGACCGGAACCUUCAAGGCCAUGGAUUCAACCGCGAAGGAAGACCUAGAAGAGAUUCCGCUGCCUGCAGUCAGUCCUCAAGCAGCAUACUACUUCCUUCGAAUGAUCGCUCCUCGUGUACCUGGCUCAUGGGAAGACAGGAAGCUGCCAUCGCUGAAUCCUUCAAUCCUCGACGAACUCUUCCGUUUCGCACAUCGAUACCAAGUCGAUAAAAUGUUGCUUCUCUUGUUCAGGCGAUACAAACUUGGCCCAUUCACCGAAAUCGCCAUGGCUCUCGAGGCUGGACAAGACGACCGGGCGCAAGGCAUGUUCAAGCAGCUCUUACAUGCCUUCACGGAUUUCGAACUACCUCAACUCGAAAGAGACGUUCUGCUCGUGUUCGCUCCGAAGGAGUACGCGCGAAUCAGAGAUGUCCUCGUCAUGCGAGAAGACACUUGGCGAAGCCUCCUCCUUGAGUUCAAGUACGGUCACGGUCAUGCAUUCAAUCGCGGAUGUCGCAAUCAUGGCGGAUGUUCAGCAUACCGUGCCAUGAAUGGAGAUUGGUCGAAGUUUCGACGUGUCGUAGGCAACAACGCGUGGCCUGAGAUUGAACGGAUGCAUAUAAGCAGCCCCGCCAAGAUCCGUAAGGCGUUUCGAGCAACGGUGGUGAGCUUGUUCAGUACGCAUACGCCCCCGGUUUGUCCAGCUUGUAUGGAACGGUUGAGCCGAAUUUUCAAGUCGUUGCUGGCACGGAGUCAAAGGGACAUGCCUCGAACCCUCUGA